AUGCGCUAUUUAGCGCUACUGGCGGCAGCCUGUGCCAUUCUAGCCGCCGUAGAUGCUGUGGAUCCUUGCAAACGCCAACCAUUCCGAGGCAGAUGCCCGUCAAAAAAUGGCGAAAGUCCUAAGCGAUCACAGUUCGUUCUUCGUUACUACAUGAGAAGUGGAGAAUGCGUUAGUUAUCCCUAUGGUCACUGUGCCAACGAUGAAUCUGAGCCACAACUGUAUCGGUAUAAAGAGGAAUGUGAAGAUGCUUGCAUAAAUCCACCACCAGGUAGCCAAUUGAAUUUACGCCCAAGAUUGCAAGAGUUUGUGAGAAAAUCUGAUAGGUCUCUGAUAAUAUCUACCUCAGAAUGCGAACGACGUCGUGCGCACGCCGCAGUGACGUCAAUUCGCGGUGGAUUCGUACCCGUUUGUACUGCCCAAGGAGAUUUCGAGAAAGUUCAGUGCGAACCUGAUGGACGGCAGUGUUUUUGCGUAGAUGCGAGAGGACUCGAAAUAGCUAACAGUAGAACUCGAAACGGUCGAAAACCUGAUUGUAACAGUAUCCAAUCUGCUUCCACUCCGAGAACAAAGGACUGCGUGGGAGGAGCAGUUCGUGGGCCGUGCUCUGGAUCUCUGGACAGAUGGUAUUAUGACGAAGAUGAGGCAGAAUGCAAGGGUGAACCACUAAAGACAAAGCUGGGGGUCGCAGUUAACUGUGCUAAAUCAGACUGUCCAUCAGGCUACAAAUGUAGCGUCGUACAGCAGUCAAGCGUUUGCUGUCCGGAAAAUAAUAAAAUCAUUGGCCUUCAAAUGUCAGGCUCGGACGACGUAUGUUCUCUGCCGAAGGACCGUGGCCCAUGUGACAAAUACGAACUUCGAUUUUACUUCAACGCCGAACUAAAGGAAUGCAAGUAUUUCUUCUGGGGAGGUUGCGAAGGUAACGGAAACAACUUCGAAAAGGUCGAAGAAUGUGAAUCGACUUGUGGAAUUAUAAAAGUGAAGCAAAGCAUGCCGAUCACCACGAGGACUACUCCAACCGUGACAAUCGGUCGCCAACCAUCCUUCUCAUUCAAGACCACGCAGGGAAUACGAAUAACACCGUCUAAUCGCCCAAAAGUUGAGGAACUCACAACACUGGGAAAGCUUGUCGACCAGCAGUCUACGAUUGCACUCAGUCGUACUUCGGUUGCGACAUCGAUCAGCACUGGUGCCACUGCUGCCACUGCCACCACUGCCACGGUGCCAGUAGGAGUCUUGUCAACGGGAUCUUCAACACUCCAGUUGGCGAACAAGCUGAGUACUGAAGCUAAAGUUGUGGCGCCAGUAGUCCAUGUCACAUACACACGUGCUCCACCAAUUCCGGAGAUGUCGCUACUGGAAGGUAGUGAGGACAACACGGCUGAUGGCGUGAACCGUUGUCUUCAUCCAAGAGAUCCGGGAAACUGUCGUGGACAGUUCGUUCGAUGGUAUUGGGACAAUGAGAAUAAGGUGUGUGACGUCUUCACUUACACUGGAUGUCAAGGAAACGGCAACAACUACGCGAGCCGUGAAGAAUGUUUAGCGAUUUGCCAUAAGGAAGUUGCUCUCUCACCUGGAAACCUUUGCGAACACGACAUCGAAGUGGGCGAAUGUAGUGGUGUAUUUGUCCGAUUUGGCUACGAUAAGCUCACGAACGACUGCCGACAGUUCACGUAUGGAGGUUGUGGAGGUAAGCAAUGGCAACAAUUUUGCGACAGUACAAGAAUGUCGGAAUGUGUGCGUGAAGAAAUUGUGCAAUCCAAAUCCACAGUGUGA